GCCGUAACGCGUCGCGCAUUAGACUCCAGCUCAGAUCAAGCAACUAGUGUCCAGUGCCGUGUAGUGUGUCCUCUGUGGCGCGCAGAAUAAGUACAAGCAACGCGACUCCUUACACUUGAGCAGUCAGCAACGGAACAGUUAUGUAUAGACUAAGUAAUUGCACAUUGCUGCUAAUCGCAGUAUCCUGUUACCUGGUCUACUCCAGCCAGGCCAAGGCCUUGCAGGGCACAAACAAACUGGAUUUGCCAAAUCGCAUCAGCGGCAUCAACGUUGGCUCUGCCAGCGUCGCAGCGGCGGCGGAAGCACGCCACAAGCGCGCAAUGGGCGAAUACAAAGAGCUAAACGACAUCAUUGACGACCUGGAAGAGAACGGCUUGGUGCAGAAGGGCGGCAGUGCGGCAGCGCCGCAAGCCCAAGCGCAGGAAUUCGACCUGGAUAGCAUGCCGCCGUUGGCGUACUACCUACUGCUGCAAAAGCUUCGCCAGCUGCAGAGCAACAGCGAGCCAACAUAUCGCGUGCGCACGCCACGCCUUGGACGCAGCAUUGACUUUCAGCAACUGUUGGAUAGCCGAGCGGGCAGCGACGAGGCAGCUGGUGGCCAGUUUGUGUCGCGCAUGAUGAAGAAAUCGGUGCCGUUCAAGCCGCGCCUGGGCAAACGUGCUCAAGUGUGCGGCAGCGGCGGGGAUUAAGCCAUGGCAGUAGCAGUUACAAUAUCAUCCAACGCGACCAGGACGAACGGCAAGGACGAAGCCCCGGACAAGGUUGAGGCCAGCCAUUGGCGCUCUGCCAGCUCAAAUUAAACUACUCACACAACGUCGCCAAAAACGCUAAAGCAAAUAAUCUACUUAC